GCCGGCUUCCCCGCCCCCAUAACCCCGCACUUUCAUCCCCCACGCAUACUGUGACAAGUGUGACAUAAAGUCUUCGGGCCAACAUACGUGUGUAGCACGAGACAGUAGCUAUUGUCAUACAUAAUACGACUUCCAUUUUACCAGAUAAGACAUCGGAUGUUGAAACCUUUUCUGUCUGGCAUGAAAUCAUUUAAUGAACCUCCUCGAACAACGGCCAAUAUCAAUCCGCUGGCGACUUCGAAACAUCCCAGACAAUGCUCUUCAAAAGCUCUCAACCAGACAUUGAGUGUAAGUUAUCCAUCCGCCAUCUGUCGAAACUUUGAAGUCUAAUCAGGGAGAAAUUAAAGUCCCACUGAAUAUCACAAUAUGGAACUGGCUCUUCCAUUCUCCUAUUUUGCCACUCAAAAAGUACCGUUCAUCGGCGCUUGGAGGCUACACAAAUGCCGAAACAAAGGAAAGAAUCUCUUAUCUUGACCUGCUGUAUCACGCUACGUACCUAUCUACUGCGCUGGCCAAGAGAUACGGCCUUAAGAAAAGCGAUACUGUUGCCCUCUUCUCACCAAAUACAAUAUGGUACCCAUUAGCCAUGCUUGGAGUAUCCCGCGUUGCGGGCAUAGUCUCUGGCGCUUCGCCGGCAUACAAUUUCGAGGAAAUGACUUACGCGCUGAAGACUGCCAAAGCGAAAUUCUUGAUGACCGUUCCUGGAAGCAUGGAUAUUGCCGCUGCUGCCGCUGAAGCUGCUGGUAUCAAGAAGGAUAACAUAUUUCUGCUCGAAGGGAAGAUUGAGGGGCUCACCACGAUGGACGAAUUGAUACUCCUUGGUAAACGCUAUGGUAUACGUGGACAGGUACCUGCGUAUAAUUUGAAGCCUGGGGAGACCAAUUUUGACCUGUGUGCCUUUCUGAGUUUCAGCAGUGGAACUACUGGAUUGCCAAAAGCGGUGGGUCUUGACUUUUCCCAUUUAAUCACAACAUCAUGGCUUUGUCAGUUACUGAUGUCUUAUUGCAGGUCAUGAUAGCUCACCAAAAUUUCAUAGCUCAGUCUCUACAGAUCCAACCAAUCACCCCAGCAUCCCACAAAAAGGUUCUUGCCGUCCUGCCAUGCUUCCAUAUAACCGGUCUUAUUCACGCACUCCACCUUCCUAUUCUUCUGAACGCCGAAGUUUACAUGCUUCCGUCAUUUACUAUGAAAUCCAUGCUAGAUACAGUCACCGAAUAUCGUAUUGCAGAACUCCUCAUCGUGCCUCCAAUUCUCAUUCGCAUGGUUCGAGACCCGAUAGUGAACAACUACGAUCUCCGAUGCGUUGAAAGGUUUUCCACCGGGGCAGCACCCGUGAGCGAAGAGAUACUAGGUUUGUUAAAGAAGAAAUUCCCUUGGACGGGAUUUAAACAGGCCUAUGGAAUGACGGAGAGUUGUAGUUGCAUUACUGCCUCGACGCCUGAUAAAUACUUAUAUGAACUGGCUCACAAGGUGGGUGAUAUCGUUGCUUCCACGAUGCUCAAGAUAAUCGGCGAAGAUGGCGAGUAG